CAACAAACCCAAAGCGCAUCUAUUGCGGUUAGACGUCAGAAUCAACUACGUUUAGGAUUUGUUUCUCAAUCAACACGAUCCUGCAGGAAAAGUUAGUUUUAAAAUGACAGGAAAACACAUUGGAGCUAUUUGGUUAGACACGACAAAUCCUCGCUCAUUAUUAGGUGAAGGACAGUACAGUGCUAUAUACCUGGGUAAGUUGAAUGGCAGCACGAAUGUAGCCAUUAAAGUGAUUGAAGUAGAAGAUCAGCCGGAUGAAAAGUAUAAUCAACUCCCAGAAGAUCAGCCGGAUGCAUACCAUAAUCAAAUGCCAGGACAAAUGCCGGCCAAGCAGAGAAGCAACCGAAUGAAUGAAGUUCUGGGCCGACUUAAGCAUCCAAAUGUCAUCAAACUGUUAGGGGUCGAAGAGGAAGAUUCGAUUAAAUACUUUGCACUUGAAUUGUGCGCAGCUACGCUUGAUCAGUACUGCAGGGGACUCUAUACUGGACCAAUGCCACGCGAAGAAGACGUUCUACUACAAAUGAUAAGUGGUUUACGAUAUGUUCACUCGGAAAAAUACGUCCAUCGAAAUAUUGAGCCAAAGAACAUACUCAUUUCAAAAUUCCCUAUCCGUAUCAUUCUGUCCGAUUUCGCGCUGAGCAAACCUAUCGACCCAAACGGAUCACUAUCUGUCAGUAAAAAUAUGUCAAUUAACCAGGGUCGUCAACUAUGCUGGUUGGCUCCCGAAAUGUUGGAUAAUCCUGACGAUCCAGGUUUCUCGGAGAAAAGAGGUUCCAUCGCUAGUGACACCUUCUCGGCGGGCUGUGUCAUUUUCUAUUACUUAACGCUAGGCUUGCAUCCCUUUGGAUCUGAUUUGCAUUUUCUCACAUGAACAUUUUAAAUGGAGAACCCGUCAAUCUAGAACAUUUACACGAAGAACAACAUCGAUUCAAGAGCAUGAUUGAAGCUAUGAUCUUAAGGGAACCUACAGCUCGUCCGGAGCUCAAAGACGUUGAAAAAAUUCUCAAAGAAAUGAGUGGAUCAUACCCGUCUGACCCUGAUAAGGAAUACGCCGAAACACCAGGCGAUGAUAAAGACCCACCUCUAGAUGAACGUCCUGACUGGAUAAGGUGAAACGUCGAUCGUCCUAGAACGUAAUUCAAAAGCUGUUUGUAAUAAAGGAAAUUUUACAAAAACAUUUUUUGAAUUAAAAUGUCUCACCUAAUUAUUUCACAGUUGAAAUAGGAAUGGUUUGUAUGUCUAGGAUGAUCACGGCGUUUAUCGUUGUUCUGACAUGCAAAUACACCCACAUCCACCAA